AUGGAGAAAACAAAAGAAACCAUUGUUGAAGAAAGAGAGGAACGUAUGGUUUCACUCACUGGCAAUGAAAAACCAAAACUAAGAACAGCCCAUUUUCUCAAGCCCUCAGUUACCUCCUCCAUUGGUGAAAACACUCCUAAACACCCUUCACACCCUAAUUAUUUUUUGCCAUCAACUUUUGAACCCAAAAAUAUUGCAUUUCAUGGGUGGAGAAGCCCACAGAAGAAGUGGAAAGAAUGGGUUGAUAAAAUGGUUGCUUUGCAUGAAUCAACGUGGAAGAAAGCUGGAAUCUAUGAAGCAGUUCUGAGUUCAGUUUACCAAAUCAGAAGAAACAAUGAUUUGCUUCUUGGGUUAGCAGAGAAAUGGUGUUCUGAAACUAACACAUUCAUUUUUCCUUGGGGGGAAGCAACGAUCACCUUAGAAGAUAUGUUGGUAGCAGGGUACUCUGUUUUGGGAUCCCCUGUUUUUAGUCCUCUUGAAACAGAGGAAUUGAAAGGUGUUGAGCGGAAGCUUAUGGAAAUCAGAAAAGAGUUGGGGCGGUCUAAAGCAAAGAAAACAGACCAUACGUCCUGGAUUAAAUUUGUCAUGGAAAAUAACAGCAGAGUCGAGCACGAGGCUUUUCUUACACUAUGGUUGUCAAGGUUUGUUUUUCCUAGUCACCCACUUAAUGGCAUUUCCAAACAUCUUUUUCCAGUCGCUGUUUGUUUAGCUAGAGGGCCAAGAUUAGCUAGAUGGCACAAUAUGAAUAGUUUAACCCUUCUGAAUGUAAGAUUGGCCCUAGAUUCCGAAGGAAGUUUUCGAUGGCGCCCUUAUACAACGGCUAUGGGGAGUUUGAGUUACAAAAUUUAUGGUGAUAAAGAGAAGUGGGUGCGUGUUGAUGUUGAGUUGAAUGAAGAAUUAAAGUGCUUUGCCCGAUGCUUGAAUGCAUGUGAAUUAGUUGGAAUAGGGUGUAUAGAAUUGUAUCGCCCGCAUCGAGUGGCUAUGCGGUUUGGUAUAGAUCAAGAUCCGCCAAGUCUUGUCGAGAGAAGUAGUAAAACUCAAGAACUUGCAUGGAAGAGUUUUGAUAAGCAAAUCAAGAAUACGGUGCUAUAUAUUCCAUCAAGACAUCUUAAGCCGGAUGUUACCUGA